AUGUCGUUAAAAGAAGAAAUCACUAAAAAUAAGUUGUUAGACCAACAUGGCAACACAAUUAUUGCUCAAAGUAAAACCGUUACGAAUUUGCAAAUUAGAAUCUCGGAUGACCAACAAGUUUUUUCUUCCACUUCUAGUUCAACCUUUUCAUCAUCAAAUGUGAGCGGAAUCAACAGUAGCAACGUUGACGAAAUAGUAACAGUAUCAGAAACAGUUUCGAAUACUUGUAUUACUAAGGUUAAAGAUAUUGAUAGUAAUGGAAAACGUCAUACUAAUGAUAAAGAAUUGAUAUUAGAAAAGACUGACAUAAAAGUCACAAUUGAUAGAGAUACUCAAUCAUCAUCUUACAAUGAGAAGAAUAAAGUACACCGUUCUAUUGUUCAAAUCACAAAUAUCGCGACUCGAGCUGCUAAAGCUAUGACCACCAAAACAGAAAGUGGGAAUUCAACACGAAAAGGAUUUUCUCACUUAUUUAAACCUUUUUUGCCUACUGAAACCGUGGAAGCAUUAAGAGAAUUUGUUCAAUUAUUUAAACGAGAAUGGCAUGCAAAAGAAAAAGGUGAAGAAUCACUAGAAGAUAUUGGAUCAUUCGGUCGAAUCAUUGAAACGCUAUCUACAUGGGCCUUUCUACAGGAUGUCACUGUUACAAGAUGGGGGAUGGAAAUGGGUGGAUGGAAGAAAAUAAAAUUAGCAGAUUUCCGAGAAUUUUUAGACCAUGACAGUUCAAUUUACGAUGGAAAAGAAAAUGAAGAAAUUGCGCUGAUUAGCUCAAAAAACGAUGACAAUAAUAUUGUGAUCGGUGAGCUUACUCAACAAAUGCAUGAUCUUUCCAAUGAAUGUUCGAAACGUGAACUCUGUUCGGAUGCCUUCAAUAAUCCUUAUAUGGACGAUCUAACCGAAGAGAAAAAAUCAUAUUCUUCAUUACUGCACAAUCUUAAGCGAUACUCGAAAUUCUCUUCUACAGCAUAUGACAUAAAGACAGUGUUUCGGCGGAAUCGGGCUCAUAAAUAUUUUUCAAGAGCAAAUAAUUUAUCUUUAGAAUCAAUAGUUUAUUCCUCUUUUCAGAAUUCACCUUCCGGUACACAAUAUUCACCAACUUAUUAUAUAAUUCGAGAUCACUCGACGAAAUCAAUUAUUCUCGCAAUACGUGGGACAAUGUCAAUACAUGAUCUAAUUGUGGAUCUAUCAUGUGAAUAUGAAGAUUUCAUAUUGCCCGAAGAUACACAGAACGAAGAUUCAACACCUAAUAAAGUGCACAGCGGAAUAAUGAAGGCAGCAAGAGCUUUGGCAACUCCGGGACAAUCAUUAUUUGAAACAUUGAAACGUGAAUUGGAGCAAAACGAAGAUUAUGGUAUUGUGUUAAUUGGACAUUCCUUAGGAGCUGGCAUCGCAAGUUUAUUGGCACUUCUUUGGGCAUCACCGGAAACUCGCAUGACAACACGAUGGAGUCAUCUACCAUUAGGACGUCGUGUUCAUGCAUAUGCCUUUGCAACACCUUGUGUGAU